AUGCCUGCCUCUUCUGCAUUCAACUACCUGAAUCCUCGGUCCCUGGCCGCCACAUUGAAGGAUUACAGUCCCCUCCUACCCAUACCCAUAUACACGGACCACACUAGUGCCCAUGGCAUCCUCCCCCCUCCGCCCGCCGUGCUUGCCACCGCCGCCGCCGUCGCGACCGCUGCUAACCCGAGAACUCUGCUGGAUGGGGACAGUAACCAGCGCACGAAGAACCAGUUUCGCCCGCGCAUGGGCAAGGGCGGCUCUACCAGCUACCAGCUCCGUCAGUAUGCUGAAGUCACGCUCGGCGGAGGGAGUCUGAGGAAGGUUGUCAAGCUGCCUGAGGGGGAGGACGAGAAUGAAUGGUUGGCUGUCAAUAUGGUCGACUUUUACAACCAAAUCAACCUUCUCUACGGUGCCAUCACCGAGUUCUGCUCCCCUCAAACGUGCCCGGAGAUGAAGGCGACGGACGAGUUCGAAUACCUCUGGCAGGAUAGCGAAAAUUACAAGCGUCCUACCAAGAUGCCUGCCCCGGCAUACAUUGAGCAGCUCAUGUCCUGGGUCCAGUCCAACAUUGACAAUGAGCAAGUCCUCCCCAGCAAGAUCGGUGUCCCGUUUCCCAAGUCCUUUCCUGCCCUGGUCCGCCAAAUCUUCAAGCGCAUGUACCGCGUCUACGCGCACAUCUACUGCCACCACUACCCCGUCAUCCGCGAGCUCGGGUUGGAACCCCACCUCAACACCAGCUUCAAGCAGUACGUCUUGUUCAUCGACGAACACAGCCUGGCCAGCGGGAGGGACUACUGGGGUCCUCUCGGGGAUCUGGUCGAUAGCAUGCUCAAGAGUGAUUGA